CAACUUUUAUAUGUCUUUAAGACCGAAGCGAUAUAAACAAACCAUAGAAUAUAAGUUACAUGUGGCUCUCCUGCAUGCUCUGUAAAACUCGUCGUUUUCAUAAGUCUUCUUCUUCUUCUCUUCUUCUCUGUUUUGGUUUAGUGGCUGUCAUCGUUUUGUAUUGGUGAAAGAUAAUCUAAAAACAAAGUACGGCGAGAUUUCAGAAACUCUGGCCGACACAUCAGCGGUUUCGGCGGUGGUCGGCUCAAGAACUGCCUCCUCUUUUUCCGGCGUCAUUUAUCCCUUUUUAUUUAUCGGUUUGGUGCUUCCCAAGCUUCCAGUAGAUUACGGUUAAGCUUUAAUCUCCGACAAGAACAUAAAGAUGUUCAACUGCUUUGCUGGAUUGAUCGGUAAAAAGAAAAACAAGAGGAAUCCAAAACCUACUCUGCCACCAAGAACACAAAGAAUCCUUCAGAUCAGACGUGAAGAGCCAGUGAAGCCUCUAGAGAAGGACGAGCCUAACACCAACGUGAUCCACCACAAGUUCAUUGAUCACAAGGACAACAGCCCUACGGAGCAAGACUCAUAUGAUGGUGAAGAUGAACGCGAUGAAAACGACUCUCCUAAAUUCCAAGUUCAAGAACAACCGGUUGCGUCUCCGACAAGUAAGGAGCUAGGUAAGGAAGUGACAGACUGUUCUGAAAAUGAACAUGAUGUUGAAGAAAGCGGCCACGUCAGCGAUCCUGGCUUAGGUAGAGCCACCUCUUGGGUUGCUUCACCUAAGCUCAAACGAUCCUGCUCCACUCUCAGCAAGUUCAACGGUGCUGAACCACCGCGUGCUCUCCACGACCCGAGAGAUAGCUUCGAGACCAAGUCUGUUAGGUCACAUAGAAGUGCAGAUGGAGUGAUGCUCAAGAAACAUUCAUCAAUGCAGAUACUUCCUUCAGGAAGCAGGAGGCUAUGGUGGAAACUGUUCCUCUGGAGCCAUAGGAACCUUCACAAACACCUUGUCUCCCUAAAGUCUUCAGGCAACAAUCACCAGUCUGGUUACACCUCUGACUUUGCUGAGCAAAGCCAAACUAGCCAUCAAGAUUCUGCAAACAACCACCAAUGUCAUAAGAAUCAGUGGGUAGCGUUCUCUGCGGAGUCCUCUUCGAUGAAACGAGUGGAUGAGUGGGUAAGAGGACUAGAUGUAGACACAGUGAUUCCAGUAAACGAGGAAGAGGACAAGCCCAGCUUCAUGGCUUCUUCUAAGAUGGUGAGAUCACCCUCAGGAAAUGUAAAUGACUCAGAGGCUAUAGUACAUGCAAACAGCUUAAUCCAGUCCCUGAGCAAAUCCUCAAGCAUGGCUCACAUCUCGAGCAUAGGCUUGAAAGCUGUCCCAAGCAUCUCACAUUUCACCAGCCUCAAGUCCAUUGAUUUAUCCAACAACUUCAUAGUUCAAAUUACUCCUGCAUCGUUUCCAAAGGGCCUUCAUGCGUUGAACCUAUCCAAGAAUAAGAUCAGUGUAAUUGAAGGACUGAGAGAACUGACACGUCUAAGAGUUCUUGAUCUCAGUUACAAUCGUAUUUCUCGCAUUGGACAAGGUUUAUCAAACUGUACACUGAUCAAAGAACUAUACCUAGCUGGGAACAAGAUCAGCAACGUAGAAGGCUUACACAGACUGUUAAAACUCAUUGGUCUCGAUCUUAGCUUCAACAAGAUCGCAACAACAAAAGCAAUAGGCCAGCUAGUUGCCAACUACAACUCUCUCGUCGCUCUCAACAUCCUUGGCAACCCGAUUCAGAGCAAUGUAGGUGAAGACCAGCUGCGAAAGACCGUCUCCAGCUUGCUCCCUAAGCUAGUUUAUCUUAACAAACAGCUCAUUAAGCCACAGAGAGCCAGGGAAGUGCUCAAAGACAGCGUCGCGAAAGCUGCUUUUGGUGGUGGAGAUUCUCUGCACCACAGACGCAAAAGAACAUCUGCCAAGAGAGUUGUGGGAUCACCUUCCCCUAGCUCCAAUCAUCACAAAGGAAAGGGACGUGGUUCCAAAGGCAGAAGCCAACAUCAGCUGAAGAAAACUUCAACUGCAGAGAGAGAACAUCACACUGAAAUCUUCAAGUAGCCUUCACCUUUUCAGCUUAAACAUAAGCCAUAUAUUUCCAUCUUCAUUCUUUUAAACAGAAUGGUUCCAAUAAUGUGUUUACUUUGAAACUUUUUAUAUUGAAUUGGCUAUUUGGUAAA